AACCUCGCUGGAUGCAAACUUUGCGUCUUCCUUCCGAUCCUGUCGUAUAAAUUUACAGCGUGAAGUUUUUAUUAAGCAAGUUAUUGCCAUUAUUCAUAAACAUGACUACUAGCCCUUCAGUGAUUUCAGUUAAAAGCGCCGAUGAAUAUAAUGCGUUGAUCAAUGCCGAAAAAACCACAGUGGUGCUCUUUACCGCCGAUUGGGCUGAACAGUGUAAGCAUGUGCAAGAAGCGCUCGAGGAGCUUGCCAAGAUUUUGAGCGCAAAAUUACAGUUUGCUAGCAUAGUGGCCGAGAACUUUCCGGAGAUAUCUAUGAAGCACCAGAUUGAAGCAGUGCCCACCAUUAUUUUCUUCACUAAAGGCACAGCCGUGGAUCGCGUAGAUGGUGUUAAUGUAGCUGAUAUCACUGCCAAGUGUAAAAAAAUUGGCGGCUCCGUAGCCGGUGAAUCGUUGGAAGAUCGCUUAAAGGCGCUUAUCAAUAAAGCUGAUCUGAUGAUAUUUAUGAAGGGCGAUCGUAAUGCGCCGCGUUGUGGGUUCUCGCGUCAGCUAAUUGAGAUUUUAAAU